AUUUUGCUGACUAAGGAAAAGCGCAUUUUUUUUUUGUUGUGUAUUGAGAUAUAAGUGCUGCAAAAUUAUACGUGGUUUCGGAAAUAAUCCCAUCUCAGCUCUGUUAAAAACAAGUAUAAAAGUUCUGAGACCAACAUAAACAAAAUCCUAUUUGUGACAGAAACGAUAAUGAAAAUUGUUAUUCCCGUCAAUUUCACUUGAGAUAAUAAACAUUAAGUUUUAUUAUAGUUAUAUUCUUCUGACGCUCUGCCCGGACUUUUAUGGUUACUAAGAUGGGUACAACCGAAAAGAGCGCCGACAUAAGCGUGGAUAUUCCCAAUGAAUGUUCACCACAAAAUGUGGGCUCGACUGAACUUAUCAUUGCAGAUGAUAAAUCAUCCUCAGAAGAUUGCAUGCCUACAGUUAACAGAUGGUUUAAGACAAAGGCCCAACAAAUUUUCCGAAAGAAAACGCUUUAUAAACGUUUACCAAUUCUCAACUGGCUACCAAAAUACAACAGUGAAGAUGCUGUAGGCGAUUUAGUUGCUGGUUUCACGGUUGGUUUGACAGUAAUUCCACAAGCGUUGGCAUACGCGGGAAUAGCAGGAUUACCAGCAGCAUAUGGGUUAUACGGAUCCUUUCUUGGUUGUUUCGUUUACAUUUUUCUUGGAUCAUGCAAAGAUGUCCCAAUGGGGCCCACUGCCAUUGCAUCACUUCUGACAUUCCAAGCAGCCGAAGGAAAUUGGCAAAAGUCAGUCCUUUUGUGCUUCCUCUCUGGCCUUGUUGAGCUGCUGAUGGGCAUUUUUGGCCUGGGUUUUCUUAUAGACUUUGUUUCCGGACCCGUAAGUUCAGGAUUUACCAGUGCAGUUGCGCUGAUUAUUCUCACAUCACAAGUGAAGGAUAUUUUCGGAGUUAAGGCAUCCGGAAGUACAUUUAUCAACACCUGGUUGUCUAUUUUCGAGGACAUACAUAAUAUUCGCCUGGGUGACACUAUCAUGGGCUUGAUUUGUAUUAUUGUACUUUUGGGCAUGAGGCUUUUGGUACGAGUUAACAUUGGCCCUAAAGACGACAGUGAGAAGUCUUUAUGUCAAAAGAUUAUUACAAAGUUCAUUUGGCUGAUUGGGACUGCACGAAAUGCUGUACUUGUCGUAACUUGUGGAGCAAUUGGCGCCAUUUUCAUUGAUUCAGGAGUAUUUAAACUCAUUGGAGAGAUUCCUGCCGGAUUACCCGACUUCGCACCUCCCCCGUUUUCAAUUACGCCAACAGGAAAUUCUACUGAGGAGAAGGCACUCAGUUUCGGAGACAUGGUAUCUGAUCUAGGAUCGGGAAUUGCGGUUGUACCUCUAAUUGCGCUUUUAGAGGAUAUAGCAGUUUGCAAGGCAUUUUCAAAUGGAAAAUCGGUUGAUGCUACCCAAGAACUUUUAGCAAUUGGUGCAUCUAAUAUUGCCAAUUCCUUUGUUAGUGGUUAUCCGGGAAGUGGAGCUCUCGCUCGUGGUGCGGUGAACAAUGCAAGUGGAGUUCGGACACCAUUGGGAAAUCUAUACACCGGAAUGUUGGUGAUAUUGGCGCUUUUGUUCUUGACCCCAUAUUUCUCGUUCAUACCAAAAGCGGCGCUUGCGGCAGUUAUAAUUGCAGCUGUUGUUUUUAUGGUUGAAGUUAGGGUUGUUAAACCAAUGUGGAGGAGCAAAAAAACUGAUUUAAUUCCUGGAUUUGCAGCUUUUAUUGCAUGCUUGGCAUUACCUCUUGAAAUUGGUAUUUUAAUCGGAAUUGGAUUGAACAUUCUAUUUAUUUUGUACCAUGCUGCCAGACCUAAACUGAGACUUGAAUUUCUGACGACACAAGACAACCACAAAUACUUAAUGCUGACACCUGAUCGAUGCCUUAUUUUCCCCUCUGUUGAUUUUGUUCGAAAUACUAUUAACAAACACGGUUUGCGGUCAACACUACCUGUUGUCAUCGAUUGUACACAUAUUUACGGUGCUGACUUCACAGCUGCGAAAGCAAUUUCUACAUUAAUCAAUGAUUUCAAAGAACGAAAUCAAUUGAUUUUCUUUUACAACGUUAAGCCAAGCGUAGUACAAGUUUUCGAAGGAGCUCAGUUGAAGGACUUGAAACUGCACUACGAUUUCGACGCACUGGAAAUGGCUAUAUCGGCUAACGAUAAACAGUAGUUAUAUGUAGAGAUUUAAGUGAUAUUAUUAUGACAGUAUUAUCUAAUUUAUUCAUGUCUUUUAUGAAUGCUUGCUGAUGACAUUUAUUUAUUUAUUCCCGAAUGGAUAAACUAUUUAUAAGUUUGUAAGAUAUUGUGUGUAACUCCUAACGUAAGAUAACAAUUAGCACUCGUCUUGUAUGUUAGUUUCAAUUUAAGGAAAGUUUUGAACUAAACAUUAUUUACCUCAAUAAAGAUGACCAAUUC